AUGUCCAUGACGACGAUCCCCAUGGCCGGCCUCCUCGUCGACGUCUACGGCCAGGAGGAGCUCGCCGGGCCCAACAUCCCCCUCACCUGCCUGUGGCUGCUGCACCCGCGGACGCGGACGCGAGCCCGGAUGCAAGACAUCGCGCGCCGCACCCUUCACGCGUGGCACCUCUCGCCGGCGUCCGAGUCGCGCGGGCUGGUGGCCCUGUCGUUCGACAUGCCCAACCACGGCACGCGGCUGGUCAGCGAGGCGGCCAACCGCGCCUGGGACGGGGGCAACGACCGGCACGCCAUCGACAUGGCGGGCGUGGUCGGGCGCGCCGCGGGCGACGUGAGCGCGCUGAUGGACCUCGUGGCCGGCUACCUGGGCAGAGAGGUCGACGCGCACGUCUGCCUGGGCUGGAGCCUGGGCGGCCACGCCGCGUGGUGGUCGUGGUUCGGGGAGGACAGGAUCGACGCGGCCGUCGCCGUCGCCCGGUGUCCCGACUACCUGGAUUUGAUGGGGGCCCGGGCGAGACGCUCGGCUCUGGAUACCGGGGGCGCCUCGCUGCUGGGCGGUCGGUACUUUCCGCGCGAUCUGGUGGCCAUGUGUCGGGGCAACGACCCCAAGGCCAUUGUGUUUGGGGCCGAGGCGCCGGUGCCGUCGGUGCCGCUGUCGGAGGGGGAGCGGGCGCGGCUGCGGGAGAUUUUCGACGCGCGCAUCAGGGGGAAGAAGCUGCUGGCUUGUUCGGGGGGCGACGACGAGCUGGUGCCGUAUGCGAGCUCGAGGCCGUUCCUCAGGGUGUUGAAGGACGCGGCCGAGGGGUGGUACAGGGACGGCGAGGUCGUGGUCGAGGACAGGGUGUACGCCGGCGUGGGACACCGGUUCAGCGCCGACAUGGUGACGGACGCGGUUGCGUUUCUGGUGCGUGCGGUCGAGGACGGGCCGAGGAGGGACGCGAGGGCCAAGAUUUGA